AUGCCGCCUGUUUUCGUGGUCGUGGGCGACCGCCGCUACGCGCUGUCCGAGACGCUGCGCAGCGACGCGCUGGCCCCGAUCUUCGCUGACGUCUGGACGGCGUCACGCGUGUGGGACGCCAGCCGCUUCUUGGCCGAGCGCCUCGUGCGCUUCGCCUCGUCCGAGUCGCCCGUGGCGUUCGACGUCCGCGCCGGGCAGUCCGUGCUCGAACUUGGCAGCGGCUGCGGCCUCGCGGGGCUCGUGGCGUCCAGUCUGGGGGCCGACGUGCUGCUCACGGACCAGAAAGAGGCACUGGAACUGCUGCGGCGCAACGUCGAGACGAACGCGGCGUCCGAGAGCGCGCGCGCGCGACUGCACGUGGCUGAGUGUGACUGGGGCGCGGACGAGCGUCUGCCCCGCGACAGCUAUCGCUACGUCCUCGUGUCCGACUGCAUCAAUCCCAUUUACGGCCGAGAGAGCUGGCGGAAUCUCGCGCGGACGAUACGCCGAUUCAGUGACGGCGAGACGCGCACGUACGUGGCGCACGAGGUUAGGGGAGAGGACGAAGCCAUGACGGACUUUCUCGCGUUUUGCGCCGACUGGUUCGUGUGCGACUGUAUCGACCGCGAAGGUCCGAUGCGGUUGUUUAGGCUGACAGAGCGGUGCGAGUGA